AUGGAGACGCAGCCUAUGGAAGUCGAGCUCGACCGGCCUUCGGCAAAUUUGCCGGAGGAUCGACGCCAAGCUGCCCAGGUUGCUGCAGCAGCACGGGAAGCUGCCGCAAAGGCCAAGGCCAAGGCCAAAGCGGCCCCACAGGCGGCCGAGGAGCCGCAGGAAGGCGCGGCCGAGGAGCCGAAGGAAGGCGCGGCUGAAGAGCCGCAGGUGCGAGAUCUGGAAGCCGCUUCUGUGCCCGUGCCACCGGGGUUCAAGGGUGAGAGAAAAAGCUACACGGUUCCGGCACCUGACGAUUGCAAAGACGAGUGCGGCAGCAUCGGUGUGCUGUGGGCGACGAACCAGCUGUACGUCAACUCUGCCCUCAACAGUGAGGCUUUCGAUCGAACCUUCAAGAUCAAUAAGAAGAACGGAAUCACGAUCUCGGUCCGCAAGCUGGACAAUGACUGGGCUCGGGCAUGGACUACGGCUAAGCAGCUCGCAGGGUGGUACGAUACCAAGAAGAAGUGCUUCUUGUCUAAACUAGAUAUCCCCCUAAUGUUUUCCUUGGGUCCCUUCACGGUCCAGUUUUGUAUCAUGAGCUCGAGGCUUGAAAGCUUCGAAUUCGACUUCGAAACCCAUGGUGUAUUGAUCGGUAUACUCAUAACAAGGUCGUACAUUUGGGGGAUUUGA